UCUCUCUCUCUCUCUCGUGUCAGGAUCACUGACACCUCUAACCUCACUCGUCCCAAUCUCUUAUCAUCCGUUUACUCUCUGUUGUUAUCCAUUUUAAGUUCACCACUGAAAGUUAUUCUUUAUCUUCCAUAGAUCUUCCUCAUUGGAUCGAACUGCAGAAACCAUUUUCGUAAAGAUGAUGCAAGAUCUAUGGAACGCCCCAACAGGUUUCAGACCUUCCAAAUCCGCUCCUUGUUCACCAGUGAAACCUAGCGGGGUCUCCAGAACUCGCUCCGACUCUUUUCAUGUCACGCACAAGGUCCCAGUCGGUGACACUCCGUAUGUGAAGGCCAAAAACGUACAGCUCGUGGACAAGGACCCAGAAAGGGCGAUUCCUCUGUUUUGGGCUGCCAUUAAUGCUGGAGACAGAGUUGACAGUGCUCUGAAAGACAUGGCGAUUGUGAUGAAACAGCAAAAUCGAGCCGAGGAAGCCAUUGAAGCUAUAAAGUCACUAAGAAGUCGAUGUUCAGAGCAAGCCCAAGAGUCUCUGGAUAAUAUUCUCCUGGAUCUUUACAAGAGAUGUGGAAGAUUGGAUGAUCAAAUCGCACUUUUGAAGCACAAGUUGUUUUUGAUUCUACAAGGGAUGGCGUUCAAUGGAAAGCGUACCAAAACUGCUCGAUCACAAGGAAAGAAGUUUCAAGUUUCUGUGGAGCAGGAAGCGACUCGCUUGCUGGGGAACUUAGGUUGGGCACUUAUGCAGCAGAACAACUAUGUUGAAGCAGAAGAGGCUUACCGACGGGCCCUUUUGAUUGGACAGGAUAAUAACAAAAUGUGCAAUUUGGGCAUCUGCCUGAUGAAACAAGGGAGGAUUGCAGAGGCAAAAGAAACUCUCAGACGAGUUAAACCGGCUAUGGCAGAUGGCCCAAGAGGUGUAGAUUCCCAUCUUAAAGCCUUUGAAAGGGCUCAACAGAUGCUUCGGGACCUCGAAUCAGAAAUGAUGAAUAAGGGAGUAGACCAGGUCGAACAGAGUCGGCUCUUUGAUAACUUCUUGGGUUCUUCUUCAAUUUGGCAACCUCAGCCUUGCAAGGAGGCCUCGGUCCUCCCCUGUGUCUCUGUGAAUAUGACAACAGCAAUGAUGCCGAAACAACAAGAUAAUUUUGCGGACGAGAAUGUAGAUUCCAACAGAACAGCUAACCAGAGAAGCUUAAAACCUGCAAUUCCAUCUGGGAAUUCACUAAAGGUUGAUGCACCACCAUUCUAUUCAUCGAAGUUAAAUAAAGACCCAAGUGAGGACCAAUUUCACGAUCCUCUGGGUCGACUCAAGAGAACAAGGUCUGGUCAUGUUGCGCCUUCUCUGCUCAGAGGAGUCGAAUGGGAGAUCUACACAAGACAUGCUACAUCAAUUGGAACAGAACAACCAGAACACAAGGCUAGGAGGUGCUCUACUCUGAUAGAAGAAGAAAAUGCAGGCAAGUGGGCAGACUUGUUACCAGAUAGCAUGGACUUUGAAGAAGCCAUCAUAACUGCGGUUCUUGGUUCAACUAAUGAAACAUCCAAGACAGUAGACACUUCUAAUAAUCCUGGGAUAUCCCAGAGAAAGAUCGACAAGAGGCUAAGAGUUUUCCAGGAUAUUACACUCUCACUUAGCCCCCGAGCAUGACUCAAAUCAGCAUCGGCUAAGAUUCCGGUUUAGAAAAUUUUCGUAGUCAAUGUUUUUAGGUUUGGAGAUGAACUUGUUCUCCUCAGCUCCAUUCAUAAUUUUAGUUAAUUUUAGUUCCUUCUAAUAAUUUUAUUCAUUAAUUUCUUCUGAAAAAGAUGGGCAAAUCUAUAACAUUAUAUGGCCCUUCUAGCUAAUUUUAUGUUUAGUCAGCUAUUUUUUGUGUAGAGAUACUUAAUCUAAUUAGUGAAAUUGUUCCAAUCCAAUAAUUUUAUUGGGACAGUUCUUGAGCCA